AUGAGGAUGUCAUCUCAAUCAGUUCUUAAAGCUUCUUAUGCAAGUGUCGAAGAUGAGAGACAAAGUGAUCGUAUAGAGAGACGCUCCUCCCUCAUUCCUCAAGUUAUUUCAGGGGAAAUGCCAGAAAUCCAAUUAGGUGCGCAUACUAUAAGGAGCCAUGGAACUAAAGUGGCAAGGGCUCACAUGCAUGAUUGGUUUGUCUUCAUAUUUCUUGUGAUCAUGGAGAUCAUUCUGAAUGUGAUAGAACCAUUCCACCGGUUUGUUGGAGCAGAAAUGAUGGAUGACCUAAAAUACCCUUUACAAGACAACACUGUUCCCAUUUGGGCUGUUCCAAUUAUUGCAAUAUUAUUGCCACUUGUGGUCAUACUCAUAUAUUACUUUAUCAGAAAGGAUGUUUAUGAUCUUCAUCAAGCAGUGCUAGGGCUUCUGUUUUCAGUACUUGUUACAGGAGUUUUGACUGACGCAAUCAAGGAUGCAGUUGGGAGACCUCGUCCUGACUUUUUCUGGCGUUGCUUUCCUGAUGGCAAAGGGGUUUUUGAUCCCGUUACAAGUAAUGUGAUGUGUACUGGAUUAAAAUCCGUUAUCAAAGAAGGACACAAAAGCUUCCCAAGUGGACACACAUCUUGGUGCUUUGCUGGACUUGGUUUUCUGUCAUGGUACACAGCUGGAAAAAUCAGGGCAUUUGACCAAAGAGGCCACGUGGCAAAGCUUUGCAUCAUUGUCUUCCCUUUACUCAUUGCAGCUUUAGUAGGCGUCUCACGUGUUGAUGACUAUUGGCAUCAUUGGCAAGAUGUAUUUGCAGGAGGCCUUUUAGGUUUAACAGUUGCUUCUUUUUGCUACUUACAAUUCUUUCCACCACCUUAUGACAUUGAUGGUUGGGGGCCCCACAUUUAUUUUCAGAUGUUAGCAGAGUCUAGUAAUGAGACGCAAACGGGGAGUGUGAAUGGUUUAAAUGUGGCUCCAUUGGAAAUUGAGAAUGUGCGUAUGCAUUCUCGUGGUGGGAUGGGGAUGGGGGUUUCGGAUGAUAAUUCUUUGAAUGAAAUGGAGAGAGGGAGAAGGCGUUGACCGAGGUUUGACUUUCUACUUACAUAUGGUGUAACUUAUGUAGAUCAGUUAGCUUAAUUUAUUAAUAUAGUUUAGGGUUUUUGGCAUCUUUUUCCGGAUGUUUUUGUGGGAUCUUGUUUUUGAUUUUCGAGAUUGAAUGUGUCUCUUUAUGAUGAUUUAUAUUGGGAAUGACUAAUGAAUUUAGUUGGUGGCUCACAUUUUGG